CAAAUGCUGACUGACGUUUUUCAUACUAAUUGUUAUGCCAUUAUUUAUACACUGAACUGUCUACAGAUUUUUCCGUUUUUUGUAUCCCGAUCAUGACAAGGAGCACACGGCGGGUGUGACCGGUCGGCAGGGGAUGCUCACUCUUCCACGGCACCUGAUCCCACCUCUAAAUUUUGAGGGUAUCCAGAGAGAAUCUUCAGAUUCAUGCAUUGUUGUUUUUCCUGAAAUGGUGAAUGCGACAUUUCGGAAAUUUCUCAAAAGGUGUGCAGUUAUUGCUGUCAUUUUUGCCAUGUGUCGGUACAUAGAAUACCGAAUGACUACUUUGCCAUGCAAACAAAUGGGAAGACUUUACCAUAUCGCAUCCAAACCUUCAACUCCAGUUCUUCUAAAGCCAGGCCCUAAAUGUCUCGUUCAUGACUUUGAUUGUCAACGCAUAAUUGAGGGGGACCAACAGUACAUAUCAGUCGUGAAUGAGACAAUGUCAAAGAGAGCAUACAAAUUCCAGACAGAUAGAGCAAUAGGAGAUUUGGCUCAACACUGUGAAAAUUUCUUUAAAGUACAUGAUUAUAACUCUUUCGUCGUAUCAAAUAAUGAACUUGACUUCCCGAUUGCUUAUACAAUAUUAACUCACAAGGAUGCCACACAAACAGAAAAAUUGCUUCGAACUAUUUAUCGACCGCAUAAUAUUUAUUGUAUACAUGUGGAUAAGCAUUCAAAUACUACUUUGUUAUACGCCUUGAAAUCCAUCUCGAAUUGCCUUCCCAAUGUUUUCAUUUCUUCAAAAUUAGAGGAUGUUGUAUACGCCGGAUUUUCUCGACUAAGGGCGGACUUGAACUGUAUGUCUGACUUACUGAAUCAAACAGCCAUAAAGUGGCAAUAUGUCAUCAAUUUACCAUCCCAAGUUUACCCCUUGAAAACGAACUCAGAAAUAGUUAAGAUUUUGAAAAUUUAUAAUGGCAUAAGCAGCAUUGAGAGCGUUUACGAUGAGAAAUCAUAUUAUCGAUGCAAUGAAUCUUACUCGGUGAAAAACGGUAAAAUGGAGGCAACAGGAAAGAAAAAGGACCCACCACCUUUUAACAUCACUGUAGGAAAGGGAAGCGCUUAUGGUGUUUUUAGUUGGAGCUUUGUGAAUUAUACAAUAAAUGAUGACAAAGCUCAGGUUAUUUUAAAUUGGUUAUAUGACACAUAUAGCCCUGACGAAUUCUUUUGGGCGACGCUGGCUAGCAAUAAACAUCUAAAUGUCCCAGGUGUAUUAGGAUUUCCAGACAGAAAAUUAUGGAUAGCAGCAAGUGUGACUUGGCAGGGGUCAAUAGAUUGCCAUGGAAAAUAUGUUAGAGACGUCUGUGUGUUUGGAAUUGGCGAUUUAAAUAAACUAGUAUCAGAAAAAGAAUUAUUUGCCAAUAAGUUUUAUCAUGACUAUCAGCCCCUAGCACUGCAGUGUAUGGAAGAAUGGUACCUCAAUAAAUCCUUCAGUCCAGUGCGUUUGGAAACUUACCAUUAUAGGAAAAUUAUUAAUUCGAUAAACAAUAUUUAGUUUUGCAUUCUUAACAGAGGACGGAAUAUUGCAAUGGUUUUUAUGUUUGUUUUAACACUGUUGAAAACAUUGAUUUAGGAUACUAAUUUAUAUGUAAUGUUUUAGAUUGAGUUCGA